AUAAACGCGGUAGAGAAACUACCUUGAGUACCCACGAUCUGGUUAAACAUUGCGCUGUUUGUGAAACUUCAAUCCAAGACAGGGUUUCGCAGCUACGGACCAAACCAGUUCUGCUUAUUUAUCGUGUGGUGGUAAUUUUAGCAUUUCAGUGGCAUUUGCUUUUUCGUUCAGUAUCUGAUCGUGUUUUGUUGUGGUCCGAACAGUUUAAUUUCGCGGCGAUCGGAGCAGGUUAUUGGGUCGACGUUCAUCUCCACUCAGCCGGACUAAGCUCCCAAACGUCUGGAAGGUGAAUGGAGUCGUUAACAGGUGUCUAUUCAAGUAUACGUUGCAGUUGUAAUUGCAAAAGGGUGAGGCAACUUUCGUGGCGUUUAAUUGGUGUAGUUGAUGUGGUAGUGCAGAUGCGAAAGAGCUCUUUGGAUUGUUUGACGUUGACGAUGGAAGAAAGCUUAUUCCGGAAGUUCUGUUAGGUAUUUCAAUGUUUUGUUAUUCUUGGUCUUACUUCUUCGUAAACUUCAUAGAUUCCUGACAAUUUUGUUUUUCACAUUAAAAUUAUUAAAUAAAUAUAUUAGAAAGCGGUUAAUGCCGGGAUAGUGUUGAAUUGUGGUAGUUUUCUGUACGCUCGUGUGAAUUGUGGCAUUUUAAAUUCGAAUUGUUACGUGGAGUACAAGAAGCGAAAGGUGUCCGGUAAGAGCAACAAAGUCUUUCUUUGAGUGUUAAGAAGAAAAUGUGAAAGUGUGUUACUUACUAAUCAGAAUUUUUUUCGGAUAUUUGUCAAUUGAGAAAGCCACGGGUAAAAUGACAUCAGCCGAUAAAUCAAAAAACAUAAAUAGCAACAAUAAUAAUAUGUGCAACAAACAUGGGAGGACAAACUGGAAUACAAAGGUUUCAUGUAGUAAAGACAUAAAUACGAAGUGCAGCCGGCAUCAUAAGAAUACCCACGGAAGAAAAACUGAAUCAGUUUUAUCAACAGAUUCAGAUAUUCGUUUUACACGUCGAAAGUUAGGUGAUAGCCAAAAGUGCGGAUGUGCUGUUGUAGCUACCUUCCUUGUAGCUCUUCUUGUAGCUGGCAUUUUUGUGUACAUUGGUUACACGUAUUUCAGACCAGAUCCUUUACCGGAAAGAGUAUUUCGAGGAGAAUUUCGAGUCGUCAGCGGCGAUGAAUGGUCAAUGGAAUUAGCUGAUCAAAACUCGUUGCGUUUCCAGCAUAAAGCGCGUGAUUAUCGAGAAAGAAUAAAUUUGAUAAUAAGGAGAUCAGAUCUUCGAGAAGCUUAUGAUGGGAGUGAAAUUUUAGGCUUAGAUGGCACUGUGGGAUCAAAUGAACUUGUAGUAAUUUUCAACUUACUUUUUGAUCCCUACCGAGGACUGGUGUCAACGGCUGAUUUGCUUGCAAUCUUUUCGGAAGAGUUUAAUUCACAGAAGCCCAAAUAUUUUACAAACGUAACAGUUGAGCCAAUGAGCUUAUUCGUAAAGGAAGUAUCAGGAUUAGUUGAAGAGCCUCCGACUACAGCCUCAUCACCUCUUGAAAUUCUGAAUGAAACUUCUACGACAUCGACGACUCCGAAACCUCAACGUCAAUGCAGUGCACUCCAAUUAACAUAUUGCCGAUCAAUAGGCUAUAACGUUACAACUUAUCCGAAUCUUUUGGGGCAUGAAUCGUUGAAAGAAGUUCAAGAAGAUGUAAUUUCUUUUCGCGAAUUGGUGGAUGCCGAGUGCUUUCGGGAAGCAUUUGACAUUGUAUGCAGAUUAUUACAGCCACCAUGUGAAGUUCAUGAGCCUUUCGAACCGACUGUUGGAAAAGUGUGCAGGGAGUAUUGCCAAGCCUUUCUAAAGGGAUGUGAGAACAGACUGCCGGAACGAUUUAGAAAAUAUUUUGAUUGUGAGAGAUUUCCUGAAUCCACCGGUCCGCAGUCAUGUUAUGCCAAACCAAACUGUGUUCAUUAUUUGCAAUCAAAUGCUCAAUCACCGAGGCUUUGUGACGGAAUUCCAGAUUGCCCAGAUUUGUCAGACGAAAGGAGCUGCACCUUCUGUAAUUCACACAGUCUUUAUUGUGGUCGAGGUCGUGCCUGUGUACCGAAAAUUGCACGUUGUGAUGGUAAAAUCGAUUGUCCCGAUGGAGCUGACGAAAAAGAUUGCCUGGCUAUCGCACCAUCAGUUUCCUUCUUGGUAAAUCCCCCUCCAUUGACGCCAUACCUUCCAAGAUUUUAUUCCGAGGGAUUCGCAGUAUUUUCUGAGAAAGGAACCACAGGAAAACUUUGUGCUGAAGGUCUUGAAGGUCAUUCAAAAGCUUCAGUAAGACAAGCAGUAGCUACUUCCCUAUGUAAAUCUUUGGGAUACGAUUCUGUCAAAAAAGUGGAAAUCAGGAAUGACACAGAACCAAUAAAAGAUUAUGUUCGAGUACUUGAUCCCUAUGCACCAGAAAUAUCUUUUGUGAGAACAGCUUGCAGACUGAAACAGGCGUUAUUUGUUGAAUGCGGGCAUUUAGAAUGCGGAAUUCAAUCUGCUCUAUCAACAAAAUACGGAGUUUCAUUACCAAAAACCGCUUCACCUGGAGACUGGCCAUGGAUUGUAGCACUCUAUCGAGAAGAUACUCAUGUUUGCGAUGGGACUUUGAUUUCAUCAGAAUGGGUCCUCACUACUGAAUCCUGCUUUCAGGGGCAGCCUAAAGCGACAUGGCUGGCAAUCUUCGGUGCUGUUCGCCUGUCAUCUCAAGCCCCAUGGACACAAAGAAGGCGAAUUAUUGGUUUAGUCAAAAGUCCAGUUGAAGGAUCUACAGCUGCACUUAUUCGACUUGAAACUCCCGUUGAAUUUUCCGAUUUCAUACGACCGGUAUGUUUGCCGGACGAAGCAACCCGAAGAAUUCAAUCUCAAAGUGAUAAUAAUAUUAGAUCUUCUCCAAACAAAGUCCCCAUGCCACAAAGACUGGAAUCUGAAACAAAUUUGACAGAAUUUUCAACUUCCACCAUUAAAAAAAUUAAACCGAAAGAAACAGAUGAGUUCUUCACCUUACCAAUUUUGAAUGGUAAAAGCGAAUUUAUUCAACAUUCAAGAACAGGUAGAUUGGUGAACCCCAAAAAUACGGGCGAUAUUCGUAUGAUGCCGAAACCGGAAGCUGUCAAUCAAUUUAUUUCAUAUCCGCUUCCAAACAAUACCCCGCAGACAGAGUAUUUUGCUAAACAAUCAGCGAAUAUGAAUAGUCAGUCAUUGCCUAUGAGUUAUAUCACCCCACGACCAAGAGAGCAAGUUUGGACAAAUUGUAAUACCCUUGGCUGGUCUCGCCAACGAGAUCAUCUUCAGAGAGUACAGCUAAAAAUUGGUGAUAUGGCCCAUUGUGAAAACAUAUCGAUAGCAACAGUCAACAGUAUAUGCACUGAGUCUACGUUUCAGCAAAAUGAUUGUACGGGAGAAGAAUAUGCCGGAACUCCGGUGCAGUGUUUACUUCCAAAUACAAAUCAGUGGGCUUUGGUAGGAGUAGCUUCAUGGCGAAUAGCAUGUGCUCCAACUGGUUUGGAAAGACCCCGAAUGUACGAUAAAAUUUCAUCGAAUUCAGCCUGGAUUCGGGAUACCAUUAAUUCUGUAUAAUUUAAAUUAUUUUUAUAGUAUAGGGUUUACAGGCGCGAGAGUGAUAGAAGAGUGUGUGAAGUGAUUGUUAUAAUUCUGAAUGUCGUUCCCGUGAUUGUACAUUUUUAUUAGUUUGUAUUGCUUAAAGCCAACCUUCUAUUUGAAAUUUUAGAUCUUUAGUAAGCUAAUUUUAAUUUAUUAUUUUCUUCCUUCAUUGCAUUAGAUAUAGGUUUCUAACGUUGACCUAUAUAUUAUAUUUAUGUUUCGAAUAUUUUGGUAAUAAAUGCCUAAAACUAA